CAGUGCAACCGUCACAUCGUCUCGCAGUCUGCGACGUGCCAUCGUCCUUCUGCUAAGUGGUCUACAGCCUGCUUGAAGCGUUUUCAAUGGCCCUCUCCAGACUCUCCUGCACCUCUGCGGCCCUAUCAGCAUGUCUUUCCAGAAAUCCGGCCCUUUUGGCUGCUCAUGCUGGUGGGCUUCCAGACGAGUCCACGAAAACAACUCUCUCCAUGAUGCUGUCAGCAUCGGUUACAUUAAGAAUAGCCCCGCCAACGUGCAGCCGGCCAACUAGACUUGCCGGAGCGACGAAACGAAACGAGCGGACAGAGUCGGGUUGUCGCGCAUUUCAAACGGGGUCACAGUUCUCAGACCUCUCGAUCAAAUAUCAGGUGAAAGCCAAGACUCAAGAGUCAACGCAAGGAUGAAACUCCCGCGGCCGUUGCAUGAGCAAACAGAGACCCAGUUCUCCCAGCCGCCUCUCCACUUUCGAUUGUCGAGAGCUGAUCGCACGCAGCACGCAGCGCGCACAAGUGCUAGACUUUUAUCAUGCCAGAUGAUGAUGGGACGAAUAACCCAGCAUCGGCGCGCUACUGAUCGUUUCUUCACGUCCGAGCUACAAGCUACGUUACCGACAUCGGGGUUUAAUUGUCAAAGAGUCGAGUCAAUCUCGGCGCUCCAACACUGGAAAUCGUUACCACGGUCCACGGCCCACUCUGGAUGCCAAAGUCGCAAUCUCCAAUGGACGCACCAUUGCCUUCUCGCACAGACAAGGGGCCAGAGGACGACUGACGUUCUUUAAUCUGAGAUGCCAACGAUCACGCCGAUGAAGCGCGAACCGAUGGCAGUCACUGAGGAGCAGAAUUACUGCACAUCACACACUGUGACCCUUAGGUUGACGCAAUGCUGGGAAACAAUCCCACAUUUGAGCAUCCCGACACUCCAAAGCUAUAACAUCUCGGCCAGUCACAGUAGUACACGAUGAUACUCCGAGACUCUCCAUUUCUAGACUCUCCACCUACUGGAGCCAGGGCAAUCAAUCUGCUGGCGUAGUGUACACUACCCCCAAAAUCCCCCCCAAUUUGCGUCUGAUCGAAUCAACUAGCGGGGCAAAAGGUGGUGCCAGCUGAACCCCCAGGUUUAGUAGAACGUCGUAGUUCAUUAAACUCGGGGCUCUAACCACCAAGCGCCUUGUCAAAGAGACGACGAUAUGCUACGUCCGCGACAUACGGGGCUUUGCUAGCCCGAUAUUCUCAGCUUAGCCUGCACACUGUUAUGGAUCCUUAGUUGGCAGAUGCCCAAAUAAUGGCCAGCCCAAAAGCCACCGCGCCUUGUCCCGAGCUGCUAGGCUGCGCCUGGGCCACAAAGAGGCGCAACAUCCGCCGUAUCAUUUGGCGAUCCUUCUUCAAAAGACUGUCCGCCAUAGAGACGGUGCCUGGCUAUCUGCGUCGGAGGCGUAAGGGUGUAUGUAUGCCCGGUUGUCAGCUCUCACGAGUUGAUAGAUCGCCGGCCUGCCGUUCCGUCGCGGCAGUCAAUGGAUCGAUGAGCGCCUCUUUGGUGUUUCUUUACUGGCUCUUGGCAAACCAGUCUGUCCACGACGGAGCUUCAGAACAGCUCAUGGACCUCGUACGCGCUUGUCUUCGAAACAGUUGUCUGGCACGCAAGAAUCUGACAAUAGUCCCUCUGAUGACAUAUUGGGUUGGAGCAAACACAGCGAUGCCGUGCCACAACAACAAAAUCUCCAGUCCUAGAGCGGGUUAAGCAGCUACGGCUAUUCUCUUCCGCCUCGUACCAUGCAUCCACGUCGCUGUCGCACGCCGCGGACGUUAACUUCUUCGGGAUGCAAUAAGGCUGGCUGUGGAUCUGGGGCCUUGGAGUUGGGCGGUUCUGUUCAGCCAACUAGCUUGCAGAAGCUCACUGCUUGUUUGCGACAGAGUUCCCUAGGGCCGGCGGAGUGGAAGCACCGCGGAUGAGCGACAGAAGAUCGACUCAGCCUGUCAAAUAUUUGGCCAAUGUCUCGCCGAUGUAGGCCUCUAGUGGUGGGUAGGCUAAGGGUUGGAGGGUGUGGGCUUUCCAUUACCCUUCAUAGGGAUCUACAUCGGGCAGAAGCCAGUGACAGCAGCAUUAUCGAGCUUUCGGUACUGGAAGCUAUCAAUGUUGGCGCAGCAUCCCAAGCAGUCUGCGUUUGGUGAUCGUAAGGCGUCAGCAGUUGAGAGCAGCUGUUUGCUACAGCGCAUGAAAGCAUCGGCAGAGGCAAACACGCAUAUGUAGACCUAGCUGAGGAUUCGGUCUUCACAAGGGUUGUACCACCCAGCAUGGGAUCCCGUCUGAUCCCCAGCUAAACCGGCAGGCCGUACUUCACAACUACACUCAAGUGUCUCACGGGCAUCCGUCAUCAGCCAACGGUGUGGUGUGUUGUGGGCGCUGCAAACGGAAGCGAGCUCCCCAAGCUAUCAUCAGUCGGUUCGUUUGCAAACGCCAUCCCGACCCAGCCGGCAAGCGACCUGACAUCUCAAUGCACGACAGCCAUGUUUUCGCGUGCGUUAGAGUGGUGGAAUUCUCCAGUGAGAGACGAGGAUCCCUCGGUGGCCAUUGCUCUUCGGCCAUGACCUGAUAUUGUGCGACCGUCGAAAACCCUAACAUCUGGUAGGGUUGGCAACAAGGAGAUGAGUUACUGAGGCAAGGCAAACAAAACAGAUGGAAAACAAAGACUCGGCGGGAUGACGAUACUUGGCUUCCGCUCCUACGCCCAAUCAGCUGCCGUUUCUUUCGGAUAAGAUCUGGCCGGUACAACCAGUAAUACGCCUCUUGGCGAGUCUUUGUUCGAUGCCCUCUCACUCUGAACAAGUGGUUCGAGUAACAAGGGUAACACACGCGGCCUCCAUUUUGUGUAAUCGAAAGUCCCCGUCUUUGACUGCGAAGGCACGCACCAUCUUCGAAAUACCAUCAAAGCUUCUGUCACCUGAUGUGUGUCCUCGACUUCGGUACUUGAUACGUAAUGCUCCAUAGUCAAACUACCCCAGAUAACCCUACGCCUAGUCGAAAGCCUCGGCACCAGUAAGCUUUCACACAAGCAAAGCAUAACGGGGUGUGCUCACAGCUCCCAUACUGAGCUCGAACGUCAGUGCUGCGCUAGAUCCAUCAAACAAAGGAUCGUGAUAAUACAGCUUUGUUUGUUGACUGCUUGCCUGGCAUAUGGAGCUUGAGCACACAGGCUGACGAUGACCGAGCUCACCCCAGACACUUCGAUCUAAAGUCACAGAUCCGGUCCUCCUAGACGUAUCGUUCCCAGUUCCGCCAAUAUCUUAACAGCGGCACCCAGUCCUCUUUGCUCAUGGUUGAUGAUUCUGGCUCGCCGUUGCGUUCGCACGGUUUACUGUACGGUAUUGCUCGAGAUCCAUGCUC